AUGAGUAGACUUCUUCCACUCAAGACACAGAGGAUGACAACUUCAAAAAUGAUCAUCACACGCUGCCUGAUAUUUCCACUUCUCAGGGAGAUGGGUUGGUCCAACUUUUAUAUUUCUGUGCUUAUAGGGGACACAUCCUAAAUUUGAAGACACCCAGGAACUUUAUUGAUGCAAUUCAUAUUUGUCUUUAUGUGUAUUCUAGCUGCGGUACAAUCCUCAGCCAUGCGCCUUGUGUCAACCAACAUAGGAGACAAAUUGACUUUGCACUGCUUCCAUGAAGGCAACUUGGCACUGCAAUUCUUUUGGUUCAAGCAAACCUUGGGUGACAAUCCUCAGCUCAUGACAACUUUUUACAAGUAUGACAAUAAUUCUACAUUCCACAAUGAAUUUAAAGGCAAAGGAAUAAAUCACAUAAGAAUCUCAGAAAUGCAGCUCUCAGAUUCAGCAACAUAUUACUGUGGGAGUUCUAUUUCCAACAAGGUGGAAUUUGGAGAAGGAGCCAUUCUCAUCUGA